GGGCGGAGAGGUCAGAAUCCCUAACUAUUUCUUGAACGAAGCUCUAAGGCCCCGAAGCCAUCUAGACGAGGACGACGACACGACUAGUAGCUUCCAGCCGGCAUCCCAUCUCCACUGACAUAUGAACGACGACCUAGUAGUUUCAGGAAUAAAUUUGUAGUCUUCUAGCUGAUUACAACUCAAAGGAUUUGUGGAAGCUAAAAGUAAUGGCAACUCUUGCUGAUUCCUUCCUGGUUGACCUAGAUGAAUUAUCAGAUAAUGAAUUGGAUACUAUUGAGGAAGAAGAUGUCGAUGCUGAUAACAUGGAAGAAGAUAUUGAUGGGGAACUUGCAGAUAUAGAAACUCUCAACUAUGACGAUCUUGAUAGUGUUUCUAAACUGCAGAAUUCACAACGCUAUAUUGACAUAAUGAAGAAAGUUGAGAAUGCCCUUGAAAUUGGUACAGAUAUGUCAAAUCAGGGUAUAGUGCUGGAAGAUGAUCCCGAAUAUCAGUUGAUAGUCGAGUGCAAUACAUUAUCAGUUGACAUCGAGAAUGAAAUUGUCAUCAUCCACAACUUUAUCAGAGACAAGUACAGACUGAAAUUUCCCGAGCUGGAGUCACUUGUUCAUCAUCCAAUCGAUUACGCUCGUGUGGUUAAAAAGAUAGCAAACGAAAUCGACUUGACUCUUGUGGAUCUAGAAGGCCUUCUACCUUCAGCUAUUAUUAUGGUUGUCUCUGUAACUGCUUCAACUACUAGUGGCAAACCUCUUCCAGAGGAAGUCCUUCAAAAGACAAUUGAGGCAUGUGAUAGAGCUCUCGCCCUUGAUUCGGCAAAAAAAAACGUCCUUGAUUUUGUGGAGAGCAGAAUGGGAUACAUUGCACCGAAUCUAUCUGCAAUCGUUGGUAGUGCUGUGGCAGCCAAGCUAAUGGGUACUGCUGGUGGUUUAACCGCAUUGGCUAAGAUGCCUGCUUGCAAUGUUCAACUUCUUGGUGCAAAGAGAAAGAAUUUGGCUGGUUUUUCAACUGCGACAUCUCACUUUCGUGUGGGCUAUAUUGAGCAAACGGAAAUCUUUCAGGGCACUCCCCCGUCGCUAAGAAUGCGUGCCUGUAGAUUACUGGCUGCGAAAUCGACACUUGCUGCGCGAGUGGAUUCUACGAGAGGAGAUCCUACUGGGAAGACUGGAAGGUUAUUCCGUGAUGAUAUUCUUAAGAAGAUUGAGAAGUGGCAAGAACCACCACCUGCUAAGCAACCCAAGCCUCUUCCGGUUCCUGAUUCUGAGCCGAAGAAGAAGAGAGGUGGUCGUAGGCUGAGGAAAAUGAAGGAAAGGUAUGCUGUGACGGAUAUGAGGAAGCUGGCCAACAGGAUGCAGUUUGGUAUCCCUGAAGAGAGCUCAUUAGGAGAUGGGCUAGGAGAAGGAUAUGGAAUGCUGGGGCAGGCUGGAAGUGGCAAAUUGAGAAUAUCUGCGGGUCCAAGCAAACUUGCUGUAAAAGUUGCUAAGAGGUUCAAGGAAAAGAACUAUGGAAGCAGCGGUGCUACUUCAGGAUUGACUUCAAGUUUGGCUUUUACCCCUGUUCAGGGGAUUGAACUAUCGAAUCCACAAGCAGCCUUUGCAGCAAGUCAGCUUGGCAGUGGUACUCAGAGUACUUACUUUUCAGAGACGGGAACAUUUUCAAAGAUAAAGAGGGCCUAAUCUUUCUUUUCUUUUCCUUUCUAAGCUUAACACCAAUCUACAGAGUUUAUGGAUGGAUAUGAUAAAUUCAUAGACUCAAACUCUCUUGUGUAAUCUUUGUUCCUUCUUUUCAUUACAGGCUUUCUCAUGCUUAUUAUAUUUUCCUUAAAUGGAACCAUGGAUGUUUUGG